AUGUUUCUUUACGUUAUUUCUUUUCUUUCGUCAUUUAUUUCGCUAACCAUUAUUUUUAAUCUUAUUUGUCAUCCUCGUUAUUAUCUCAAACUUACUAUAACCCUUACUCUCCUCAUUACUCUCCUUUUUAUAACUCCUCUUACUCUCCUAAUUCUCCUCAUUACUAUACUCCUUACUUUUCACUUUACACUGUCAAUUGGUAUACUCUCCCGGGAUUGCAUAUACCCUCAAAUUUUAAUAUUUCUCCAACCACUUUCUUGCUUUUUCUUUCUUGAUUUCUUUCUUUCUUUCUUUCUUUCUUUCUUUCUUUCUUUCUUUCUUGAUUUCUUUCUUUCUUUCUUGAUUUCUUUCUCUCUCUCUCUUUCUUUCUUUCCUUCUUUCUAUUAUAUCCACCAUUUUUUUUCUUUUUUCUUUCUUUCAUUUUCAUUCUUUCUUUCUAGUAUAUCCAUCUUUCUUUCUUUAUUUUUUUCUUUCUUUCUUUCUUUCUUUCUUUUUAGUAUAUCUACCUUCUUUCUCUCUUUCUGGCUUUCAUUCUUUCUUGCUUUCUUUUCGUCUUUCUUUCUUUCUAGUAUAUCUAUCUUCUUUCUUUCUUUCUUUCUUUCUUGCUUGCUUUCUUUCUUUCUUUCUUUCUUGCUUGCUUUCUUUCCGUCUUUUAUUCAAUCUUUCUUUCUUUCCGUCUUUCUUUCUUUUCUUUCUUUCUUUCUUUCUUUCUAA